AUGGAAGUCAGUUCGGCGGCAAGAGAGGAGGGUGAUGAGAGAGAACAGGAUGAGGAGGGGGAGGAGGAGGAGGGAGAAGAAGAAGAAGAAGAAGAAGAAGAAGAAGAGUUUCUUUUCCUUGACUUGGACGACGUUUAUGAACAUGCCCAUAUACCAGAAAAUGUACCAUAUGUGCUCUCUGUGAGUAACCAGCUCUCAUGCUUUCUUGUUGGGAUAAUUUACUAGCUUCAGUUGCAUGGAGCUAUGAAGUCAUCCUUCCUGUUCAUCACAUUCCAAGUUUUUUUUCUUUCGAACUCCUUUCUUCAUACUCUCUUGGGCUGAUGAUGAGCUCGAUCCCUGGGAUAAUAUAAUGGCUUCGAUAAUUUUGAUUAAUUAUAAAAUGGAAUUCAAUCAUCAUUUAUGAUGUUACGUUUAAAAUAGCUUCAUUGGGAGGCUAAUAAUGGAUUCGAUCUUCCGAUUCUCGCAGGGUCUGGACACUCUGAAUCCUCUGCUGAUUAUCGAUGACAAUCUGAAACUGGUAAGUACUUCCUUUAUCUUUAAAGCUCGAUACCUUGGGGGGGUGGGGGGGGGGGGGCUUCUCAAAUGCAGACUUGUUGAAGUAAAUACAGCUUUUGUAAUAACCUGAUCAUGAUGAGGAAGUUUAUUACUCCUAUCAUCCAUAGUUUUCUCAAACUCAUGAAUUGCUGGAUAAAAAUUGAUAUAUUGUUUAUGAACGCUUCUGACCUUAUGUAUUCUCCGGAAGAAGUCAACUCCUGCAUCCUUCUCUGAUCAGCACUCUGUUUUUGGCAUCAACUGUGAUCAUGGCCCUCCUGGAUGUUGACUGGGUGUGUUAUUUUGACUCUCUGGGUCGAUCGUAUGGUGUAUAACGGUUUAAUUGAAUGGUAAAGUUUUAGCACUGGGGAUGUCAUAUCUCCUACUUACCACUAUACUAAUUAUUGGAUAUCUCCUUCCCCAACAGAUUGGAAAAUACGAAGAAACCGUUGGCACAUGCUAUAUCUUUUCUGAAACCGGUGAGUCUGCAAUUUCCUCCGCCUAUGCUCUAAUAUUAACAAUCGUAUUCAGAACAGAAUGAUGAGAGAAAAAUAUCUCGCUGAGAAAUCUUGGUUUGAGAUCAAUUAAUCUAAGAUCUGGUAAGUUUCGUUGGGGAAAGAGCCUAGUCUAAUCCCUCCUCCAUUUGUUCUGGCAGAGAAUUCAACGGCCCUGGCCCACCAAGAAACUGGACCAUCUGAGGCGAAUCUCUUCAAGGACAAAUCCAUUGUGGGCCAUAAUCAAUCCCCAUGCCGACAGGUGAAGCCCCUUGGGGGCCUCAACAAGGUUCUGAAGUUCAGGAUGGCAACUGAAGAAGAAUUUCAGCCACCAGCAGCCAGGAAGAAAGAUACCCAUUAG